UUACUGUGACGUCACCACAAUACGGCCUUGAUCUACGGCUGCUUUGCCAGUGAGUUGCGGUAUGAUCUAGGAGGUUUCGCAGCGAUCGUGUCAGUAUUUUCGUGGCAUGUCCAAGAGACACACAGUCGUUUUGGGACGGUCAAUUUAAAAGGUGUUCAGAUGUUGGAAUUCGCCAGUCCGACCUUGUGUCCAAGGCAAAGCAUGCCGGUAGACUAUGCUACGUACCUCCUUUCGUCGUCACCCCCCGCCAGCACGUUCGACCUGCUGAGCGUGGCGUUCGCCCCCCUGACUCUCGCGCACCAUGAGUCCGGCGACCAGCUGCCGUCCACGUGCAGCAAGUCGUCGCUGAGCGAACGCCGCGUGUCGCCGCUGAAGCCCAUCAUCAUCCGAUCUGACAGCAGCGAUGGGCUGACGUCGGAUGACUCCGCGCCAGGAUCUCCACAGUCUCCAGGCAGGCACAAGAAGAAAGUUUCGUUCGCCGAUCUCCGCGGGAAGGCCCUAGCCACGGUUCGGCUGAUCACGGAACCUUCCGACACGCCGCCGAAGCUAAACCCGAGCAUCCUGUCGUCCGUGACUCAGGGCGCGCACGCCGACGUCACGGAGCAGCCUCCCCUAAAACUGUGCUUUACGCAGCCCGCGUCCGACUACCUGGCGUUCAGGGACAAAGUGGAGAAAUCGUACGUCUGUCUGGAGAACGUCAUUCUUAAGGACUACGAUGUCGUGGGCACCAUUAAAGUGAACAAUGUCGCCUUCGAGAAACGCGUGUUUGUUCGGUGCACCUUCGACACGUGGCAGACGUACAACGACGUGCCCGCCACGUACCUGCCCGGCCCCGGGAACGCCACGGGCAGGGGCAACAUGUUUGAUACGUUUUCGUUCGAGUUCAGCGUGCCGACGAACAUGGAGGUGGAAAGGAAGGUGGAGUUCGCUGUUUGUUUCGCAACGGGCGACGCACAGUACUGGGAUAAUAAUAGUGGUGCGAACUACCAAAUUGUUUUCACCAACUGCAGGCCCAGAGAUCGACCACGUUUUGUAACGGAUCCCAAACGAUCUCUCACUGAUGUGCCCAUGUGGACGGAGUACGCCGGCUGGGACCGCGGGGAAUCAUCAACGACAUACUACUGAUGAUGAUGCCGAGUCCAAGUCCACUUUUUGCACUGUUCAGACGUGCGCGAGUUUUCCAGUGAUUUUCAAAGUAUUGGAACAAAGGUUGUGUUUAUGCACCCAGGCUUGGUGUCCGUGCCUCUACAUACUCGCCCCCAAACCCCUGAAAAUGCCGACAAGCUAAUAUGAAUGAUAAGUCUUUCGGGAGAACAAAAAACUAUAGUCAUAUAAACUUUAAUGUCUAGCCGUUUUGUGCAACAACGGUGAUAGAAGAGGGAUGGUGAAACCAGGUUUACUAUCUAAUUCUGCAGCUUAUGAAUUAUUGUCCAGUGUAGAGGCUUCCCUUCUCUUUCAGAGAGAUGCAUACUAAUGUUUCAAAUAUAUUCGCUUAUGUUAAUGGAUUAUCAGCCAUCCCUCUUUAUUUGCAGGUGCAGAUUAGAGAAACGACUUGUGGCUAUUGCUGUCCUCCAAUUCUGCAUGCCUAUUGUGAUAACAUUAGAUUGUCGAUAGCGUCAUUUAGUGUGUGUGUGUGUAUGCGUGUGUGUUUUUAAGGAGGGGGUUAUUGGCAAUUGUAUUUAGUACUACAUAUGCCAGAAUAUUGUUUUACUGUUUGGCCAGUAGAGUCUAAUGUACAUUUUUUGUGUCCAAAUAUUGCAUCAGACUUUCUUUUUUGAGGAUCCAUGCCGCACUCGACAUUUUAAUAUGCCGUAUCCAAUUCGCAAAUUAAUGAUGAAAAUUAUGAAAUAAUUUUUCUAUAUUUGUACAUUAUAAAUCGUUAUCAGGCGUGGAUACAUGAUUUUUUGCAAGGUUGGGGGUGGGGGUGGGGGUGCGGUGGGAGUUGGAGUUGGUGGUAUACACGCAGUUUAAUAAACGUCGUGAGUAGUGGGGUCCAAACCCCCUUAACCCCUGGAUCCGCGCCUGAAUAUCGCUCAAGAUACUUAAUCAUGUUCAGAGGUGCAUUCAUUCACUUCUGUGUUUUUCAAAAACGAAAGUCUGUUUCCUAUCUUGUUAAUGUUGUCAUACAUUAAGACAAUAAUAUGUUAUAUUUUGAAAAACGAAAGACUUUGUUUCAUGUCUUAUGAGUGUUGUGAUACAUUAAGGAAAGCAAAUCUGUAUUAUAAUUUGAAACGUGAACUGCGCAAGUUGUGAUAUAUAGCCAUGUGUUGGAGCGUUGACGUGGAGAAAUUGAUAUAGGGCAUUGUUUGCAUCGUGUACAUAGUGUUGUUUUGCUGUGAACUACUUAACCUGUAGUGUGUGUAAACAAUAUAAUACAGAUUCCUUUUCACCAUGUAACCGUAUAACGAAGGCAUAUUAACACGAUUUUGUGCAGAUAUAGGAAUUUUGUCAUGACAUUUUCUGCUAUUUUAUUUGUAUUGCUACUAACGGUAACGUGUAAUCAUGUACAAAAAUUCUAUGUCAUAUAUAUAUAUAUAUAUAUAUAUAUAUAUAUAUAUAUAUAUACAUUUUGAUAGAACUUUUAAAUUGUUGAACUCAAAAAGGGAUAUUAUUCAUGGGUCCAUUGCUCAUGUGCAAUUCAGUUAAAUAAAAUACGAUUUGUCGCUAUACGUAAAACAUAAAUUUAUUUGUUUUGUAUUUAUGUACAGCAGUAUAUUAAUAAAAAAUAUAGCAGUUUAUUUUGCAUUACUUUGAAUUGCACUAAUAUGCAAAAUAAACAGCUAUAUUCCUAUUGAAUAUAUCACCACGACAAAUGUUCUUGAAUAGCUGAAUUGUAAUAUUCCUCCAUUGUCACGUUCCUGGAUGAAACGUUCUGUUCCUAUUUAACUGACAAAGGAGAAAAUAAUUAUCUAUAUAUAUAUGAAAAAAGGAAACUAAGAAUUAUAUAUGUUCAGAGAUGUGGCUUUGUUUCUGUUGGAGCUUUUUCCAUAAGGUAUUGAUUUAGUCUGCUUGAGUUUGUUUUAAAUGCAGAUUACCAGACCUCUGAAAAUUGCUAGAACCAUCAUUUCGUUCGUGUGUUGCUUGCACAAGUAUCAUCGUUUCGUUCGUAUGUCGCUGGCACAAGUCCUGUUUCAUGUAAAACUCUGAAAAUUGCUAGAACCAUCAUUUCGUUCGUGUGUCGCUUGCACAAGUCUUUGUUUUACGCAACCCAUUUUUGUUUUGUUCGCCCAUUAAAUUUAGCACAUCAUUUACAUGGUCAUGACAAGGUUACGCAAAAACGAAAUGAUUUACGUGAAUUUGUUUUUGCGUAACCCAUAAAUGUGUGUCGCCAAUUUUCAAUUCUCAGAGGUCUAAUAAAACCGUUUCGUUCAAUUUUUAUUCCAUUUUAAUAAAACGUACCUCGAGUUCCACAAGUAACGAUGUUUGGAACAGCUUACAUAUAUCCAAUAUACUGAGACUUAAUGGGUAUAUGUAUAGGACUAGACAGCUCUGCUGUUCUUCUAUAACCUUUACACGUUGAUUACCUAUAUAUUUUUAUAGUAUUGACACGAUCAUUGGCAGCUAUUUUAGGUAUUAAUUGUAAAUAUAUAUUUUUUUCUUUCCUCAAAGCGCCUGUCUCUAUCGGGUUAAUACGGUGUUAAGCUUCUGGAUGGAUGGUUGAAGUAUGCAGUAUUUGCCUGGGUAUAAGUGUACUUUUUACAAAAUGGAACUUUAUACUUUCAAGUCCGUAAUGUACUCUGUGUAUAGUGUAUACCGUUCUCACAAGAUAUAGUCUGUAAGUGUGGAUGUGUGCGUGUGCGUAUCAGUGUAAUAUAUAUAUGUACUACUAUGAGUAUAGCGGGUAGGAGCAAUAGUCAGUAUUUCGUGUUCGAGAUCGUAAGAAAGGCGCGUCAUAUAGCGAGGAGGGGAGUCUUGACUGUGGCGAGCGAAGUUUAUAGGGAUAGGGGGUGUAGUCAAGCUCCUCCGGAAAAUUUAUUGACCCCCCAAAAAAACCCCAAACAAAAACAACAACAUUUACCUGAGCAGUGUGAUUUCGACCCCAUAAUUGCCACCCACCCUUGCACACGCCCUGGUAUGAUCAACCAUAGUUUCAUCUGUUUUCCCUUUAAAACAGUACCCCACACUUUUUACACGUAAGGCCGCCACGUGGUCAUUUGCGAUUUUGAACCAUCAUUCUCUGACAUCUCUCCAUGUUUCGAUAAAUCCACUAGCGCUCUGCCCGGGCUAGUGAAUUUGUGGUCUGGGCUAGUGGAAAAUUACCAACUGUAUUUUGUCUAUAAUGUUGUACAUUAGCCAAUGCUUCUGCGAGGAUUGAUGGCUUUCUCAAACAUUUGCCGAGCACUGCACGGCGAUCUUUCUGCGUUCGGUUCAUCUCCGUUUCUACCAAAGAAGGUUCGUUUUUAGUGUCUGUGUGUAUCUUGUCAGAUAUUUUAGUUAUCGUGUGUUUUGUAAUUAAAUGUUGUGGAUUAUGAAAGUACGCGUCCAUAUAUUCAGUUAAGAACGUGCUGUGUUAUCUUCAGCUCUGUUGUUUAACAUUUACACCGUACUUUUUUAUGAUUUCAGUGGCAUUUGUUAAUUAAAAUAAUAGUAUAUAUAAUAUAAUUAUAAUAUUAUAAUAUAAUGAUAAUAUAAUGAUAUAGAUAAGCCAAAAUUGACAGGCACAUGCAUAAGUUCGAUUCGAGUGUAAUAACGCAUACAUAUACUUGUUAAAGAAUCCAUAGGUUAUAAUGAUGAUGCCGAGUUGGGGCCUGUGAUCAGUUACUACAAUAAGCAUUGCCAGCUUCGCCUUACCUUUUAAUCGUUUUACGAAAAAAAUUAUAUAUUAACAAUUUUGACCAAAAGGUAAACAGUAUCAGUGUAUACUCGACAUGGUAUCUUAUUCUUAUAUUGCUUUCAUAAACUAAAAGGAAUAAAUUUUAGUGUUUCUAAAAUUAAGACACCUAUUUCAUUCUUAAUAUAUUAUCCUGUCUUGGGGAACAAUGAGUCUGUUUUUACACAGACUACGGUAUCUGUAACAUGGCAAAUGCGAUGAUAACAUUAUCUGUAUCAGUAGAUACCGGUAGCGUCAACGGGCAAUUGUAAAUAUACUUGUUAAAGAAACGAAACAUGUCCGAAUGUUUGUUAAACUUGAGGAACAAUUAUAGAAUUAUUUAGUGCUACAAUCUAUAUUUUGGGAGAACCAACUUCAAUUGGUUCAGUACUAUAGUUAAUGUUAUAAGUCUUAGUCACAUUACUUAGCUUAGUUAAAUCACGUGGUUUUGUUGCAUCACGUGGUUUGCUUCGCGGAAAACAAACUACUGCAAACCUGUGCUAUUUUUGUGUUUAUAUCCGUCGGAGACAUUUUCGUUUGUUACGAAAUCUGAAUGAAAAUUUAAUAAUUAUCCAUGUAUUUUUCUUUUCAAGAUUAUCAAUAUUAAUUAUAUAUGUUCCGUUGUAUAUAUUGUUUGCAUACAAAGCCGGAGGCGGAAUAAUUUAAGUUGCACAUUUCCUGACUAAAUACUGUGCCGUUAUGAACAAAUAUGAUAAUGAUAUUUCGUUCUCAAUUUCUUUCCUUUUACUCCUUUGAAAUCCAUUGUUUUCGUCCCGUUUUGUUAGUCCUCCUUUUGUUUCAACCUCUUCAUCGUCCAUCUGUUCUGUCCCCAAUAGCAACCAUUGCUGUUGUUGAUACCUCUAAAUCUAGAUCUUAAGGAGCGUUGUCACUGUACGACUUGUAUCGAAUUGUAGCAAAAGUAUAUUGAUUAAUUACUCAUCGACUACUGGAAGUCGAUCCUGUGAUAAUUAUAACACAUAGUAUUCAGAGGAAACCCGCUACAUUUGUUCCAUAAGCAGUAAGCAAUCUUUUAUAUGCUCGUUUUUUGCAUAUUUUUCAUGCAGCUUAAUUAGUAGCGUACGAUUAAAAUCGCUACUCGCAGUACAACUCUCGCUUUCUGCAGAUCGUUAUUACAAAUCAUAGUCGGAACGCUCCUUUAUAAAUUCAUAUCUUGAAAAUGUUAAUAUUUUGAUUCCCUUUCAAAAGGAAAAUACAUUAAAAUAUUUUUGUUAUAUACCCUAACCUGCAGGUGUGUUUGAUAUCUUAGCAUGUAGAUUUAAAUGAUCGUGUACAGAAAAAAACAUAGUUGUAAAUUUCUGUCGAGUCAGCUGGUGGGAGCGACGGACGGUGGACGCCCCAGCGCUGUGCGUUGUGGGUUUCCCCGGGUAUGGUGCUUACUGAAUCGUGUGUCAAGGUAUGUAAAAUGUAACACUGAGAGAAAAGAAUAUCAGAGAUGUGUCAGAAUGAUGUACAUAUGAUAUGUGCAUACGUGCAUAAAUGCAAUAAAUUGUUUAUGCUGUGUGUAUACAA